AUGCAGCCGAGUGAGCGAUGGCGGGCGAUGCUGGAGAUCGGUGCGGCUCAGGCUGCGGGGCACGAGACCGACCCGCAGAUGCUGCAGAUUUCCUACCGCAAGCACGACCAAGAAAAGGUGGAGACCGAAAUUGUUUACGAGGAUGCAGCCGAAGCAGGGGAGCAGCCGCGGCUCCUCGUCUCGCUGAAAUCUGUCAGCACAUUGAAGCUGCUCUGCGAGCAUGAGCAUGCCAGGUGCGACAAGGUGAGCAACAUGCUGGCGGAAUGUCGGUCAGCGUACUACAAAGAGCUCAGGUGGUUGAGGGAACAGCUCUACCUCGCUUAUGAAAGCGAGGAAGAUGCAGCAGCUCGCCGGAACCUCCUGACCCCCGACGACUUCGAGGUCUACUGGUUUGAGCCGGAGAAGUUCCUCGAUGAGGAUACGAGGGACUUCCUCAUACGAUGCGUCCGUGAGACGAACAGGCGGCUGCUGGACGAGAACCGCCAACUGAAGUCCACGCUUCAGGAGAUGAACCUCUUUGAGAAAGCUUCUUUGCCGACGGUCUUGAAGAGGCUGAAGCUGAAGCAUGCUGCCGCGCAGAUCAUGGUCGAGCUCUAUAAUUUGCUCCGGACCAGAGCCGAAAUGAAAAAGUUUAAGGAAGCGGCCUGUGAUCUGAUUGGCAUGGCUAUGCCUCCGGUGGUGGAGCCCCAGCCGGCGGCGACAGCGGCAGUCACCGAGGCAGGAAGUCAAGAGGACAGCGCCGCGACUGGACCCGGGCUCACGGGAGCCUCUGUGGAUGCAGCUGGUCUUGCUGAGCUGGCGGAUCUCCGCAUCCAGGCGCAGCAGCAAGAGGCCGAGCUCCUGGAGCUUCGUUCGAAGCUUUCUGCGGCGAUCGACGCUCGCUUGGAGCAGGAGAAGGCCCAGCGGGCGGCGGAGGAGCGCGACCGGGCCGAGGAGCGCGCGGGGCAACUCCAGCGCCGCGUCUCGGAGCUCGAGAGGGAGAGGGAGGCCUUGGCCUUGGAGCUCCGCGAGACCCGGGAGUUAGAGCCGGAGCUGGAGCGAAUGAGAAGCCGCAUGGUUCGCAGCGUACACAAGAUCAGUGAGAGCUUGCAGACACUGGGACCCGGAGACGACGAGGCAAGGAAUGCGCGGAGGGCGCUGUCGAUGGACCUGUGGGAUUGGGAGCAGGACGAAACGGAUAGCGUUGCGGGCUCCUUCAGGGCCGCACUCUCCAGGUUGGACUCCUUGGUCAUCGCUCUUCCUUCUACUGUGCAAGACGUUGCCGUAGAGAUGCAGCAGCUGAAGCAGCGCUGUGAUGAGCUGGAAACCAACUCCAUGGCUCCAACAGCUGAUCCGGAGGAGCCGCUGUCCUUGGAGCCGGAGCACAGCCCUGCGGCCAGCGGCACUGGCACCCAUCGGACGCGACCAGACUCCGGGAGGACGGAGGCCCUCCUGGCGGCCGCAGCAUUUUCCUCUGCGGGGACCGAGGUCACCGACUUGCGGGAAAGUCCCUGCCCAUCGAGUCCCGCCAGUCCGUUGAGUUCGACUGGCGGGAGACGCCCACAGAAGUCCUGUGAGAUCGAGCCCUCAGAACUGUCGGAUCAGGUCCGCGAUCUGGCGACGAAGUUGGAUCUUGCCAACGAGAAGAUCCGGCAGCUCAAGGAGCAGCUGCUGAAGCUCAGACAGAAGCAUGGGUUACCGGAAGAGGGCCUUCUUGGUGAGAAGGGCUUUGAAGAGGUGCCCGACUUCUUGCUUCCCUACCAGAUGCUGGCCAAAAGGAAGUUGCCAAGAUGGCAGAUCCUGAGCCAGGACGCCGAUCUAAAGCGAAAGAAACGGGAGUACCUCGAGAAGGCUGAGAACAGGACCGUCGGGAAGGAGGUCUUUGCGGCCUUCGACUUCCUGGUUACUGCCGCAGCUGCGCAGCCACCCGCACCGCAGACAGGCUCGCGACUGCCAUCACCAUCGCCCGCUGUCCGUCGCUUUUCGGCUUUGGAGCAGCUGAAUACCAACAAGGUCGCGGUCGGCUCCAGACUGCAAAGUCCGCCCCGACAGAGCCUCGGCGUCCACAGCACCCCGAGACUCCGCGUGGACCGGCCAUCCCGGUCCGCCUCCGCCUCCCCAGAGAGGAGUCUGCAAGAGCCAUGGCGGAACCAGCCCUGGCCGAGUGCCACCGUCCCUUGCAGCGACCCUCCAGAUUUUCAAGGCUAUGCUGCCGGAUGCGUGCAGGGCAACGCAAUUUUCAGUGCCGCGAAGGUGGCCGGUUUCACAUCUCCCAAGGAGAGCAGCCAACUUCAGCAACUUCGGAACGCACCGAAAGGUACAGGUGCCUUUCUCAUGGAUUCCCCUGCAACACCUCACUUUCCACCCACUGGAGCCAAAACAGACACCAACUUCUACCGCGCCCGUCCGACAAGCAAAGAUGCCAGACACACAACAAGUGCCGACGACAGGCGCCCCGACAGGCGCCAUAGUUAUGUUCCCAGCACACGAUGGUCCACAAGAGACACUCAGACUCGUCCUGACGUGGUGCAGCCAAGCAUUUCACUUCCUCGCCUACACGGUCGAGUGACGACAAGCUUGACGCACAAGUCCCAGACCUGGACAUCCCUCAAAGACGACCGGGCCUUACUGCCGGAGAGCGCCUUGCCAAUACCCGGCGAUCGAGUUCGAGGUCAAGCCCUACAGAUGGCCUGCAGGUGGUUGCCCCUUCGCGGGGCUUCCUGCCAGGAAGUGCUCGGUUCCCACCAGGCUGGCCAGACGUACAUGUACAGUCGUGCACAUAUUAUAUAUAUAUACACACACACACACACACGCACUCUCUGUCUCUCUCUCUCUCUCUCUCUCUCUCUCUCUCUCUCUGUAUGCAUGCAUGCAUGCAUGCAUGUAUGUAUGUAUGUAUGUAUGUAG